AUGCUGACCAAUUCAAGAGCCGUGUUUCCAAGUCCUUCCGAUUCGACGGCGCUCGUCGACACGCGGACUGGGCCUCCUAUGGACCCCAUCGUAUCCGACCAUCGUUUGGUAGAUCCGCAACCCACCGCACCCCGGCCUCACGACGCAUCAAUGUCUGCCAACGCGCUCACCCGAGCCUUCCCCAAGGCGCUCAAGGAGGUGCGUCUGCACCUCUGCCAGACCGGCCAGGCCUCGGCCGGUGCGAGGAAGUUCCUCGAGUCCAACUACAAGCCCAUCAAGCAGUCGAACCCGGACGUGCCGUUCCUGGUGCGAGAGGCGAGCGGUACGCCUGCGCGCGCCUUUGCGCGAUUCGAGCGUGGCGUGGAGAAGCGCGUCGAGCUCGACGGUCUCAGCUCCGCCGAUGUCGAGAAGAAGAUCGGCGAGCUGCUGUCGUCGUCGGCGUGA